GUGUGGUUGGUCUUGCUGGAUGUUUUUCAUGUAUUUGACAUUCUACAGGGGAAGAAUGAAGACUCUGGUGGUGUUUGAUUUUGAUCACACUGUGGUUGAUGACAACAGUGACACUUGGGUUAUUAGAUGUCUUCCAGGUGAGAAGCUUCCUGAUUCUCUGAAGAAUUCUUACAAAAAAGGCUAUUGGACUGAGUUCAUGGGCCGAGUGAUGAACUACAUUGGAGACCAUGAGGUCAGUCCGGCUCAGGUGCGCAGUGUAAUGGAAACCAUCCCCUUCACUCCAGGAAUGACAGACUUACUAACUUUCAUAUUGGAGCGUAAAAGCAACAUUGACUGCAUCAUCAUAUCCGACUCCAACACCAUGUUCAUAGACUGGAUCCUGCGAGCAGCGGGGGUUCAGGCAGCUGUCGAUCGGGUUUUUAGUAACCCGGCCAAGUUCAAUGAUCUCGGGUACAUGGAGGUACAGUGCCACCACACUCAUGACUGUGACCGCUGUCCCAUCAAUCUCUGUAAAAAACACGUGCUGGAGCUUUACCUGUCAGGUCAGCUCAAUGGCGGGGUGGAAUAUGAGCAGGUAUUUUAUGUGGGAGAUGGUGGGAAUGAUCUGUGUCCCACGUCCUGUCUGGGAGGAUGUGAUGUUGUGAUGCCCAGGAAGGGGUACACCCUGGAGAAACUGCUGGCUAAACAGCACGGUUCGUUGAAAGCUAGAGUCGUCACGUGGAGCGAUGGCUCGGAAAUCCUAGAAGAGCUGAGAGCGAGUAUGAAGCACGAUUGACUUUUCAGGUGUAAAUGAAAUAACUGAGUCCCCACAAAGCUUCUCAGUGCAUUUAUUUUAAAUUAUCACAGUACACUAUGUAAAUUACAAAUAAUGUGUACAACAGGAAAGUCAGAUCAACUUCCAUAACUUUUUUUUGCGUUGGAUUAAUCGAUUAGUUGACUGCGAGUAGAAUAGUCAUCUGUUUUUAUAAUCAGUUAAAUGUAUGACAUUUAUUGAGGAAUUACAUCAAAUUCAGACUGGAUGCAGUUCCUUAAAUAUGACACUUUAAUUAUUGUUUUUUUUUUUUGUUGUUUUUUUUGUUUUUUUUACACACUAAAUUUAACAUAGUGGAUAAGUAUUGAACACGUCACCAUUUUUGUUAGUAAAUAUAUUUCUAAAGGUGCUAUUGACAUGGAAUUUUCAUCAGAUGUCAGUAACAGCCCAGGUAAAACAUGCAUGCAAAGACACAAAAAAAUAAGUACAGAAAUUAAGCUGUGUGUAAAAAAAAAAAAAAA